AUGGAUACUGGAUCACCAAUAACGAUUAUCUCUGAGACGUUUUACCGCAAUAAUUUCGGAGAAUUUACACUUCAUCCGUUCCGUGGGAAGUUGGUGUUCUAUACAGGAGGAGAAGCUACACUGAAGGGAGCUUUUGAAGCUGUUUUAUGUUAUCAAGGUCGACAAGCGGUUGGUCAAAUUGUGGUAAUUGAAGGAGGGCGCAAUCCGUUGAUUGGACGUGAUUUUAUUGGAGAGUUGCUUCACUUGCGGUUAAACAAACUUGACACGGAGUCGAGUGACAGUCAGGAAGUUCAACUGAAAACUAUUUUGAAUGAAUAUCAAGAAUUGUUCGAUGGAUUCUUGGCUAAAGUUGUAGAGGAACUGGACGCACUAGAGAAGACUGGUAUUGUUACUAAGGCUGCGAUUACUGAGGGGGGAACCCAGUUAGUUACUGUUUUAAAGAAAGACAACAUUCGUUUGUGCGCUGAUUAUCGAGUAACUGUCAACCCGUUUCUGGAAGAUAAGCGAUACCCUAUGCCUGUUGUGGAAGAUUUGUUCGACACGUUGCAAGGUGGAAAGUUAUUUUCGAAACUGGAUUUGAAAUCGGCGUACAAUCAGCUAGAGCUUGAGGAAGAAUCGAGAAAAAUGUUGGGAUGGAGUACUCACAAAGGAAUAUAUUAUGUGAACCGUUUGCCGUUUGUUACUCAACCAGCCUGUGCAAUAUUUCAAGAAGUUCUGGAAAAGUUAUUGCAGGAAUGCCCCGGGUGUAUCAAUUUCUUGGAUGACGUUUUAGUAACUAGUGCAACUGUAAGCGAACAUCUCAAGAAUUUAGCAAGAGUGUUGAGUAAGCUUUUAGAAGCCGGAUUUCGACUAAACCGUGAGAAAUAUAUGGAAGCGUUGGCUGUUUAUUAUGCGGUUCGAAGAUUGAGCAGUUAUCUUCUUGGAAAAAGCUUCACGAUUUUGACGGAUCAUCAACCACUUGUGUCGUUAUUUGGACGAAAGGGAAUUCCGGAUAUGGUGUUCGGAAAGUUACAACAUUGGGCUGUUUUCCUGGCAAAUUACGGAUAUGAGAUCAAGUACAUUAAAGGAGUCAGCAACAAAGUAGCUGAUUUCUUGUCUCGAUCACCAGUUCAAUGCUGUGACGAUGAAGUUGAAGAUGAUGAAGAAGUUAUGUUUCUGCAGUAUAUUGAAUCUGAAACGAGGUCAUUGGUCGAACGGAAACAGCUUAUAAUUGAAUCAAGGCGGGAUCCUGUAGUAAGCCGUGUAGUGCAUUACGUUAAGACCGGAUGGCCUGCUAAAGUUGACGAUCCUGAAUUGAAGAAAUAUUUUGUUCGUAAGGACGAACUCGUUGUUGAAGAAGGCGUUCUUAUGUGGGGCUACCGUAUUAUAGCACCUAUGAAGCUAAGGUCAUUUUUGCUGCAAGAACUUCAUUCUACUCAUCUUGGAAUUGUCAAAAUGAAAUCGUUGGCUCGAAACUAUUUCUGGUGGCCAAGUAUCGACAAGGAGAUAGAAGCUAUGGGAAAAAGAUUACGAAGAUCACAUCAAAUUCUGAAGUACGAUUAUGAUGAUUACGAGGAGAAAGAAGUUGCCCGUGGAGAAAUAGUAUGUGAAGCAGUACCUAUUCCCGAUGAAGAGUACUUAUCAGCAGAAGACGAUGAUACUUUACAAGUACAACAAGAUCAACUCCAACCAGAUCAACCGCAACGAGGUCAUUAUCGUGCAGAUGGAGUGUACGUCACAAGAAGUAGUCGGAUGGUACGAGUUCCAAGUAGGAAUUAG